AUGCCAAGGGCAGCACUAGAACUUCCAAGUACAGCAGGGCACGAGUCAUCUGGGACAAAGCCAUUGCCGGGAACGGGAGUGAGUGCUUCGGAGGCUGGAGUUGGGAGUUCGUUGGGAUGGUUUUUGGAUGGAGUCGCGAGUGAUGCCCAGAGCCGGGGGCCCCGAGGUGGGAUUCCAGUGGCUGGCUCGCCAGUGUCGGUUGCGGCCCUGCAUCCGCCGGUGGAGGCGGAACACCACGUGGGAGGCAGUGGUCUUGUCGUGGAUGCGCCUAGAGUGGGCCUGGUGAUGGUGGAUGGGAUGUGGCGGGAAUAUCAGUUGGUUGGUGGACAUAUGGUUGUGCAGCCUCUACCAGGAAGGAACAGCACUGUGUUCUCGUCAGGGCCAGAUGCGUCUACUACAAUCUCUGGGAUGAGUGGAUCGCCUGUACCUUAUCCACCUCCGCCUCCUCCAAAUCCACCUGCGACUCCCAAGGCAGCUGGCGUAAACUGGUCCGCGAAUCUGACCCCAGGGGGGACCCCGGUGCCUCCUCCGCCUCCAGGUACCCCAUCUACAACGUCAACGACAGUGACAGGGGCGGUUUCUGGAUGUGAUGUGGAAGAGCCGUCGAAGUUGGUGACAAAGUUGCCGGCUUUGCCAUCGGCGAAAGGCGGUGACGCAGCGGUAGUGGCAGGUGAUUGGCUGGCACAGUUGGAGCCAAGUAUGAGUUCGCUGUCUCCGACAGCGGCUUUGUGGUGGACGGCUUUGAUGGAGCGAGUCAAGGACCUGUACACUUUGUGGUUGGAAAGUGCCCCAGUGACGAGGCUUACUAUUAGGCAGCAGGUGUUGUCGCGUCGACCUCCUCCUGAUCGGCAUCAUCGUGUGGAGCAAAGAGCGGCGAUGCUGCUCUUGGAUGCGCUGCCUGAGGAGCUACGUCAUGAAGCGGUGAGUGCCAGGGCAGUUACUGCAGAAGCGAUGGUGUUCAUGGUUCACUGUGGCUACCAGCCCGGGGGCACAGGGGAGAAGGCCCACUUGCUUCAGUUUCUUACGGGGCCAGAGACCGGGAAUGGCUUGGACAACACCCUUAACUUGGCUCGGAAGUGGAUCCGGUUAGCGACGGCGGUGGACAUUGAGGACUAUGCCUAUCUGAUCCUUGGGGAGCUGGAAGCCGCGCAGCUUGCGCAGCCUCUUCACUCUCAGCCCCCGAAGGUUGCCCGCCUAGACGAUCAUGGAGCAGCGGCUGCAGAGGUUCCCGACAAGGGCAAGGGCAAAGGAAAAGGGAAGAAGCCAUGCUGGGGCUGGCAAGACGGAUCAGGUUGCCGCUACGGGUCAAACUGUAUGUUUCUACAUGCUCCUCUUGGACCCGGGCGAUGCUGGGAAUGCGGUGCAGAUUCCCACCUGAAGCCGCAGUGCCCGCUGUUGGUCAGCGGCCAAGGGGGGAAGGCUUCGGGUGGUGGUGCAGGUGGCAAAGGCGGCGGUGGAGCUGCCCAAGCAGGGAGUGGUUCAGGUGGCUCUGGUGGUGCGGCGCAAAAUUCGUCUUCGGCGGCUACUUCGGGGACCACCAACAAUGCAGAGGAGAAGCCACCGAGGAAGCCGAGGCGGAAAGGUGGAGGAAAAGAUCGCGGGCAAAAGGACGCGGUUCGGAAGACGGAGGAGGAGCCCUCUCUUGAGCCACCCGGUGUUUCUACCUCCCAGGCGACGGGCGAGGACACAGCGGCGAGGACUGAGUUCUUCGAGGAGGCUACCAAAGCGUUGAAGUCGUUGCGGUUAGCCAAACUGACGGUGAGAUCCUUGCAGAGUUCGUCGGGGAGUGGUGGUCGGGCCCUCAUUGAUUCCGGAGCUACUACCUCAAUGCGCACGGCAGAGUCUGGGGAAACUAAUGGUCUUCCCUUGAGGACAGUGCUGCUGGCAGAAGGGGAAACCACGUUCUAUCAGCUGCCUGGGGGAACCCUUCUUACUACCAAAGAGACCGCACCGAUCGUAGCGAUGAACGACCUUAUGGAAAUCGGGUGCCGUGUGUCAUGGUGCAGUGCAGAGGGGUGUGUUGUGGUGCAUCCUGUCAAGGGCAAUUUGGGUGUUCGCAUUGUUCACGGUUGUCCGGAGGUGGACGAAGCUGUCGGCCUGGACCUGAUCACCGAGGCUGCGGUUAAGGACCUCUACAAUGGCGUGGGUUUGUCUUGGGCGUGGCUGCAUCAAGCGUUUCCAGAGGCCCCGUCGUGGUUGGUGUCAGCCAUUCCGGUUGUGGCGAAUACGGAUGGGAACCACGUGCCUUGGAAUCGCCAUGAGAGGAAGAAGUGGAAGAAGGCUUCGGCGAUUGGCGUGCACCUCUUCUGUGGAAAGGACCGGGCCACUUGGAAGUCACGAGCCGAGGUGGCCCAUGUGGUGACAGUGGACCAGGCGGAGGAUGUGAUGGCCGACGCCACGUAUUCGGCAUUGCUCGACCUGGCCCUUUCGGGAAAGGUGAAGGACCUCGCCCCCUUCGAGAUCGUGAUGGAGAUGGACGGUGGGGACGUGAAGGUCUGCGCGAUUGGGAGAUGUGGCGGGUGCGCCAGGGAGCUAAGGAAAGUUCGUGGCCCUUCGUCGGUGCCAGAAGAUGAGCGUGAUCAUGAUGGAGACGGUUUCCGAUCUGCAACCUGGGCGGCAUGGGCACCCGGACUUAAGCAGGUGAUCAAGCGUGCGGUCGAGGAAAGCUUGGCCGGGUCUACGCUGGAAAAGAUCAUGAAGUUGGACCAGACGUUCCUUGAUCACUUGAAGAGAGACCACACCCCUUUUCGAAGGGACUGCAAGGCCUGCUUGGCUGGAUCCUUUCGAGGACAUGCCCACCGGAGGAUUGUGGCUCCAGAGGCUUGGUGCUUGAGUCUAGAUGUGAUUGGACCAACGCGUCCCGGCGUUGAUGAGUAUGUCAAGAAGAUUCGUUAUGCCUUGAUCGGCACUUUGGUGGUGCCGGACAUGUUGGGGAAGCUUCUACAACCGCAUGAACCCGAAGGGGAAGACGAUGGUGGUGGAGUAGGACUACUUGAUGUAGAUGAUCCUGUUUGUGAGGGAGAUGGUGAGGAUGAAGUUGAGCCCCCGCACGCGGCGGAGGAGGAAAGGAACAAGCGAGAGCUUGAGAAGUGGAAGGCGCGGGUGGAAAAGGACAAGCUGGACGCGGUGUCGUGCGUCGAGGUUCCCUUUGUGGUGACAAUGGGCUCAAAAUCUUCGGCUGAAGUCUUAGCGGCUACGAAGGACAUACUGAUGCAGGUGAAGAAGUUGGGGCUCGCGGUACAAAGGAUUCACUCCGAUCGUGGCCGGGAGUUCAUCUGCAAAGGGUUUCGAGCCCUAUGUCGCGACCGUGGCAUUGUUCGCACAACUACUACCGGGGACGACUACAAGGCCAAUGGACGCGUGGAAGCCUUGGUGGGUAGGGCCAAGAAUGCCGUCCGGACCUACUUGUCAUCUUCGGGGAUGGGUCUCGAAAUGUGGGGCUUUGCUAUGCGGCACUAUGUGUCCAGGAUCCAGUAUGACGUGGUUACCCAACUUGGAGGCCGUCUUCCUAGACUCCCUCCUUUCGGGACCAAGGUGUUCGUGAAACAGCGGUCGUGGAAGCUGAAGAAGGAGUUCCUGGAGAAGGUUGUUGCGGCUACAGUGCUUUGUCCUUCUAUGGAUGUUGCCAGAGGCUUCUUGGUUAAGACCGAGGAGGGCAGCUACCUCACCACUAUGGUGGCUGUAGAAAAUGUAAAGGAGGUCUCGGGCAACUUUGAAGUACCAGGCCCAGCAGUGCAUGCCGAUGAGCCUGGAGUGAGAAGAAGGAUGCGUGGCAAGACCGCUAUUGCGAUGGCGGAGCAAGAGCGCUUGGAAAAGUUGGCCGUGGAGGGUGAUGACGAGCACCUUCUACAGGAUGAGGAGUUGGCGGGUGUGUUUUUGGAUGCCGGCGACUACUCGAUGGAGGCUGUGGAGAGUCUCCUGGAAGGCUUGUGGCUAGGGGAACAAGUGAUUCCCAACCGCCGCAGCAAG